CCCGCUCCUCUUCUUCCCCACAUCCACCACCACCCACCAUGUCCGAGUCGAAGAUCACUGCCAUCCUGUCCGUGUACGACAAGACGGGCCUCGUCGAGUUUGCGCGCGGGCUGAGCGAGCGCGGCGUGCGCCUGCUCGGCUCGGGCGGCACGGCCAAGCUGGUGCGCCAGGCGGGCAUCGAGAUUGGCGACGUCUCGGACAUUACCAAGGCGCCCGAGAUGCUCGGCGGCCGCGUCAAGACGCUGCACCCCGCCGUGCACGGCGGCAUCCUCGCGCAGCUGGGCAAGGAGAGCGACGUCGCCGACCUCGCCUCGGCCGGCUUUGCGCCCAUCUCGAUUGUCGUGUGCAACCUGUACCCGUUUGAGGAGACAAUUGCGCGCGAGGGCGCCACGCUCGCGCAGGCCGUCGAGGAGAUCGACAUUGGCGGCGUCACGCUGCUGCGCGCCGCGGCCAAGAACCACGAGCGCGUGAGCAUCCUCUCGGACCCGCGCGACUACGAGGCGUUCCUGGCGAGCUUUGGCGAGGGCAGCGCCGAGCUGCGCAACCGCCUGGCCUUGAAGGCGUUCACGCACACGGCCGCCUACGACGCCGCCAUCAGCGACUACUUCCGGCAGCAGUACGCCUCGGGCCAGGCUGCGCAGGUGCAGCAGCUGCCGCUGCGCUACGGCGCGAACCCGCAUCAGAAGCCGGCGCAGGCGUUUGUCACGGAGGGCGCCAUGCCGAUCACGACACUGUCUGGCUCGCCGGGCUACAUCAACCUGCUCGACAGCCUCAACGCCUACGCCCUCGUGCGCGAGCUCGCCGAGGCCACCGGCCUGCCCGCCGCGACGUCGUUCAAGCACGUCUCGCCCGCGGGCGCCGCCAUCGGCGUGCCGCUCUCGGCCGUCGAGGCGCAGGCGUGCUUCGUCGACGACCUCGGCGAGCUCUCGCCGCUGGCGUCGGCCUAUGCGCGUGCCCGCGGCGCCGACCGCAUGAGCUCGUUUGGCGACAUUAUCGGUCUCUCGCACGUGUGCGACGCGCAGACGGCGCGCAUCAUCGGCCGCGAGGUCAGCGACGGCGUGAUUGCGCCGGGCUACGAGCCGGCGGCGCUCGAGAUUCUCAAGAAGAAGAAGGGCGGCAAGUACUGCGUGCUGCAGAUGGACGCCGCCUUCCAGCCGGGCACCAUCGAGACGCGCCAGGUGUACGGCGUGUCGCUGCAGCAGCGCCGCAACGACGUCAAGAUUGAGCCGUCGCUCUUCACCAACCUCGUGUCGGCCAAGAAGGACGUGCCCGAGCAGGCCAAGCUCGACAUGAUCGUCGCCACGCUCGCGCUCAAGUACACGCAGUCGAACUCGGUCUGCUACGCGCUCAACGGCCAGGUCAUCGGCCUCGGCGCCGGCCAGCAGAGCCGCAUCCACUGCACGCGCCUCGCGGGCAACAAGGCGGACAACUACUGGCUGCGCCAGCACCCGCGCGUGCUCGCGCUGCCCUUCAAGAAGGGCACCAAGCGCCCCGAGAAGAGCAACGCGAUCGACCUCUUCGUCGAGGGCGUGCUCGACGGCGACGAGAUGCAGGGCACGCAGGAGCGCACCGAGUGGGAGGCCGUGUUCGAGCAGGUGCCCGCGCCGCUGAGCAAGGCCGAGCGCGCGGAGCAUGCCAAGGCGCUCACGGGUGUGGUGUGCAGCUCGGACGCCUUUUUCCCCUUCCCUGGUGACAUCCACCGCGCCGCCCGCAGCGGCACCUCGUACAUCGCCGCGCCCGGCGGCAGCGUCAUGGACGACGCGUGCGUGCAGGCCGCCGACGCGCACGGCAUCGUCGUCGCGCGCACGACGCUGCGUCUCUUCCACCACUAGACCACAG